CAAGAGCAAGAGAGGGUGAAGAUCUAUCUGUGCGCAACCAUGUGGCACGAGACCAAGGAGGAGAUGACGAAGAUCAUCUCGUCCAUCCUGAGGCUGGACAGGAGUCAGCCAAAGGAUCUGAAUGUCGGUUCCGGCGGCAGAGGGAAGACGAAGAAUAAUGCGAAAAAGGAGGAGGAGACGCAGAAGGAGGGGGGAAAUGAGGAGGAGGAAAAUGAGAAAAAGGAGAAGGAGGAAAAGAAGGGGAAGGAGAAGACGGUGAAGCGGGAACCGUACGACUUCUCGGCUCACAUCUACUUCGACGACGCCUUCGAGAGGAAGGGAGAUCACAUGGUGGUCAACCAGUUCGUGACCAGCCUCAUGGACGUCAUCGCAGAAGUCUGCCGGUAUUUUGAGAAAAACUCAAAUCAUCCACAAGAGGCGCCCUCAAUGGAGAGGACUCAGACGCCGUACGGAGCGCGACUCUCCUACAAACUCCCGCACGGCAAUUCGCUGUGCGUGCACCUCAAGGACAAGGAGAUGAUCCGCCACCGCAAGCGCUGGUCCCAGGUGAUGUACUUGUACUACCUCCUUGGCUGGAAGAUCUACCGCAAGAUCAAAACAGUGAAGAAAGAUAAACAAGAGGAAUGGGUGGAGAGGAAGAAGCGCAACACCUACGUGCUGGCCUUGGACGGAGACACGGACUUCUAUCCCUCGGCGCUCUCCAUGCUGGUCGACCGACUCAGGAGGGACCCCACCGUUGGCGCCGCCUGCGGAAGAAUUCACCCGACGGGCGUGGGACCGCUUCUGUGGUAUCAGAAGUUCGAGUACGCGGUAGGCCACUGGCUGCAGAAGACGGCCGAGCACGUGCUGGGCUGCGUUCUCUGCAGCCCUGGCUGCUUCAGCCUCUUCCGGGCUAAGGCCAUCAUGGACGACAACGUCCUCAAGACCUACACCACGGUGGCCACCGAGGCCCUGCAGUACAUCCAGUGCGACCAAGGUGAGGACCGCUGGCUGUGCACGCUGAUGCUGCAGCAGGGCUGGCGCGUCGAGUACUGCGCCGCAUCGGACGCCUACACUAACGCCCCGCAGGAAUUCAAGGAGUUCUUCAACCAGCGGAGGCGCUGGGGCCCCUCCACGAUGGCGAACACCUUCAGCAUCCUGGAAAAUGGCGUCCGCACGGCCAAGAAGAACCCGUCCAUCUCUCGACUCUACAUUCUCUACCAGAUCUUCUACACUGCCACCUCCAUCAUGGGUCCGGCCACCGUCUGUCUCAUGAUUGCAGGUUGCUUUACUUUCCUUUUCAAAAUGGACCAAAACUGGGCACUCCUCAUCGCCAUCGUUCCGCCCGCUCUGUACAUUGCCGUCUGCUUCAAGACAAAGCCCGACACGCAGAUCAAGGUGGCCAUGGUGCUCACCGUGGUCUACAUGUUUCUCAUGACGGGCACGCUGCUCGCUAUGGUCGGCGACUUCAUCAAGAACGGCAUCCUCACGCCCAGCGGCAUCUUCUUCAUCAUGCUUGCGGGCAUCUACCUCAUCACCGCGGUGCUGCACCCACGCGAGUUCUUCUGCAUCGUGCACGGCUUCAUGUACUUCAUCUGCAUCCCCACGGGAUACCUGCUGCUGCUCAUCUACUCGCUGGUCAACAUGUACAACGUGUCAUGGGGCACGCGCGAGACCAAGGCGCCUUCUGAGCCCAACCCAAAGGAGCAGAAGAAGAAACGCAUGCAUCGUUGCAAUGGUGCGAGAUGCUGUGUGCUUCCACUCGAGUGGGACUGCUUCCAGUGGAGGAUCAGCGUCUAUCCGAAGGAAAACGCAGCGAUGAGUCAGGAGGAUGACAUUUCAAGCCGAGUGGAAUCGUGCACAGUGGAACUUGAUGGAAAGACGACGAACACUCAGAUGGAGCAUCUAGAAGGAGCAGAGAGCGAAAGACGACGUCCAGAUGAAUCAGACACGGACCUCGCCCUCCAUGCCAAAGGACACCAUGACCUCGUGUGGCAGCGCCACCACAAGAUGCAGGUCAUGUUUGAGAACGUCCUGACUCAGGGUUAUGCUAUCACGCAGAGGUGCUCCCUCGAUGAGAAGGAAGACAAGUUCUGGAAGAGCAUGAUCAGCGACUACCUCAAGCCUCUGGAGGAAGAUGACGAUCACAAGAAACGUGUGAAUCAGGAACUCUUCGAGAUAAGAAACAAGGGCACCUUUGUCUACUUCCUGAUCAACGCGCUGUGGCUGGUGGCGACCCUGGCGCUGCAGUUCGUGGGAGCUGACCUCAACAUCGAGAUCCCGAGCAUGAAGAAUGAGGGGACGUUCAUCAAAGUGCCGCCCCUCGCCUUCAUGUUCCUCAUCACCUCCGCCAGCAUGCUCGUUGUCCAGUUCCUGGCCAUGCUGUAUCACAGGUUAUUGACGCUGCUGCACGUGCUCUCCUACGUGGAGUCGUCGUCAUCGUCGUCAUCGUCGUCGCGGCAGCACUCGAGGAGCGGUGCUUUGGGCCGAGAAAACGAAGCGUUCGUCAUUGAAGGAGACGGUGAUGAUGACGUGGAGUCGUCGUCAUCGUCGUCAUCGUCGUCAUCGUCGUCGCGGCAGCACUCGAGGAGCGGUGCUUUGGGCCGAGAAAAAAAGCGUUCGUCAGUGAAGGAGACGGUGAUGAUGACACUCAGCAGUGCCGCCUCAGAGAGAUUGUCUAACAGAUCCCUGGACCUCUACUCGCACGCCGUACGUGGACCCACACACGUCGUGGUUGAUCAAUGACGGUGCGGUCGGUAAACGUGCAGCCCUGCAAGUUUUUUUUAGCUUGUUGCCACCCCCAGAUGAUGGGCCUCUUGCUAAAUGGAGCUCGAGAGAGAGCCCCUCUCGAGUGGUGUCUUUGGCCUACUCUUCCACGCUGGGCACAGACGUCUUGAAAGACGAGGGAGUUACCCAUGCUUUACAUCCACACAGCACGCGACCUGCCAAUCGAGUCAACUGUGCUGUGUCCAUUUACGUGGCUGAGUGGACACAGGUGGCGGGAUUAAAGAAGCUUGCAGCAACAUGGGACCUUUCAGUGUCGCUUAAACUUCAGCGACACCGCAAGUGCAGUGUCGUGUUAAUUGCAGCAUAGCAGCCUCUCAUUACAAUGGUAUUCAGUCAAAGGAGCUGCUGUGUAGAUGGAAGGGGAGAGGGAGGUAAUUAAUGGUCAAGUCCAUAGAAGAGUGUGAACAGUAUCAGUGAGACCUUGAGGUUGACUUGGGAUAGGGUGGGGUACCAGUUGAGUGAUUAGUGAUGUGGGCUCGUUUAUGCGUGAGGUGUAGAUGUCUUAGGAGGCAUCAGCGACCAUUGCCAGCGACGAUUAUUAUAUUUUCAAUGUAUGAAAACGUAAGUAGUAUUCUCCAAUAUAAAUUUAUAUCCGAUACAUAAUGCAUGUGAUGAUUUAUUUGCUCACAAUGAUGUUUCCAGUUCAAAAUCAGAUAGAGAUGGCGCUUCUAUGUAGCAGUGGUCAGAUGAAGGAAACGUCAUGUUCUUGUAUGUAUGUAUGUUGAACUUAUUCUGCACCGCACUUAGCCAACCAUGCUAAUUGGGGAUGUAAACAUCACGCACACCUAAACUGGUCCGUUAACCAUAGUAGUUAAUGCAAUAACAUGUGUAUGCCUGAUUAAUUUAUAUGGUUAGCAACCAACAUGGGCAAUCUUGUUUUUAGAAAGGUUUCUCUACCAGACAACACUAAACAAGAUCCCCCGUUUAGAUUUAAUAGACUUAUCGGGCUGUUAGUGAGCACCUAUAACGGCCGGCAUGACACACAAAGAGGUGGUUGGCCAGCACCAAGUCAAACCGCCUUACUGCACCAGGUACUAAUUUGAGGCUGAUUAGAUCUAGGGGA